CUACAAAGCAGCAGGAUGUUUUUAGAGGAAAGUUUUAUACUGUGACGUCAAAGCUAGCUUUAAACUGUGGGCUCAGGACAUUUGAGAGACAACAAAGAUGAACAGAAAUCACAGGAAGUCCUGAACAGACUGAUCAAUAGUACCGUCUGAUUCAAUCUGCCCUUUAUCACCUCUGCUGUUCUCAUAUCUCUGUCUGCGGACACAGACUGUCUCCUGGAUGAGGAGCUCAAACAGGAAUGUGAACCAUGUCGGCCUCCAACUGUAAAAGCUGAUUGUUGUUGGUCAACCACAUGAUGAAACGCAUGGUGACAAUUUCAAGCCUGUCCAGCUUCCAUCUGCACGCUCCGACUCAUCCCCCGUCCAUGUCCAGCCACUCUGCUCUGAGGAUCACUGUGUUUCCUCCUGAGAGGACAGGAGACAUGGACAGAGAUAAUGCAUCGUGGUUGUUGGUGCUCCUUCUCCUGAUCAUCCUGGGUGUGGCAGAGUCCACAGACCCUCUGACAGAUCUGGAAAACAUUGCUGGGAAGUUGGUUUUCUACCAGAUGGAAGGAAAUGCCACAUAUGUGCGGGACACAGGAGAGCUGGCCUCAGAUGUUCCCACUGAGACCAUGUUUGAAUUGUUCGACCCUCAGGAAAACUUCAGCAAAGCAAAGUUCACCUACACUUGGGACCUGGGGAACGGAGAGGUGAUCCAGGGGACGGAGCCAGUGGUGCGAUAUCAUUACUCUGAAUCAGGGAAUUACACACUGAGGCUCAAAGUGGGAGCGAAUGCGACCAAAUCUUCAUCUCUGAUCACUGAUGUCUACUCCACAGACGUCCAAGUGCUUGAUGCCAUUAAAAACAUCGAGCUGAAAGGACCUGCAGACUACGAGGUGUCCCAGAACACAGCUCUGGCUGUUCAUGUGGAUGGAAGCCCUCCCAUGUGGGUGUGCUGGCGUUUCCUGACCGACUGUGUGCCAGACAAGGCUGGGGGCUGCACACUGACCAUGCUGUAUGAGAACACCCUGAGACUGAACCACACCUUCACCUCCGCCGGCAUCCACUGCCUCGACAUCAGCAUCCGCAAUGACAUCAGCAAGCUGCAGACCUCCUUCAGUCUCUUCGUCAGGAAGAGCAAUAACACCCACCUUUUCUUCAUCCUGUCAUGUGCUGCAAUUCUUGUAGCCACCUUUUCUUUCAUCACGGUCAUCGCCUGCCGCCCUCGCCAUCACAGCAGAUCACAGAUUGCUUCUUCCAGUAACGCUUUAUUCAUGAAGAAACAAGACUCUGAAGGUCAAAGUAAGAUUCUGCUGAAUGUCUCCAACAUGGAGAGAGGAGAGAAGGAGCCGCUCCUCCUGCAGUACGGCUCUCAGUACUCCUCCUAACCAGCUCAUUGUCUGCUCCUCCAUCUGCGUUAUGACUAUGCUAUAAAUCUUUGCACCUAAACAGCUUUUUAAAUGAAGUUGUGUCACAGUGACACAAGACUAUGUGACACUAUAGCUUCUGUACCUGGCUGAGUCACUCAUGUAUAGGCUUAUAAGGUCACAUGACUUAUGUGUUUUCCAUAAAGUAGGUCAUAAUAGUGAUAAAUUUAUGAGCUGACAUUCAAAUGAACUCAUCAUAAAUUAAUAGCACAAUUGUAAGUCAUGUUUAAACAAUGAGUGUUAAUGUAAGCUUGCUGUGAAUCCAUCACAACACUCAUUUAUUUAUGUUAGAUUUAAUUUUACAGAAACUAUUUAACAUUAAACUGGUAUUAUACCACAGAGAGGUUAUUGCUCAUUUUCAGCCGGUGGUGAUGUGUUCCAGAGUUGGCGGCGCUUUAUGGAGAAAGCUGAUGAAUUUGAAUUCAGGUCUGCAAUGUGGUGUUUUAUAGUUUCUAUUCACCAUGUUAAUCUGUUACUGUCUUGUCUUUGGAUACAGUAUCUGGAAACGGGCUGUAGACUGUUAAUACAUUUGAAUUUAAGAAAACAAAAAUUAAGUAGUAGUGAUUCUUUCUGUCCAUAAUUAUUUCCAUUCCCUGACUGUAUCUUGGAUGUUUCAUAUUGCUGUAUGAAUUUGGGCUUUGCUUUGCUUAACUUUUUUGUACAGUGCCAAAUAUCAAAGAAUUUUAAAUCAGUCUGAAUCUCUGUGGAUGAUAGAAAUGUUUGAAUUCUUUAACAUACAAAACAAUUAUCAUAGUGUAUUUACUGGUUAGCAGAAGAAGAAAAACCAAUGAUGAUGAUUAAACAGAUGAUGGCAUGAAGAUGUCAAUCAAGAGCAACCAUGGACCACUACUGCAAGUUAUUUCAAAGAACCUCAAAAGAAGAGAUUUGAUAUGAAUUUCAUCUUGUUUCAUUAAUGUAUGACUGUAUAUUACUGAUUUAUUUGACUUUAUGAAGUAUGAUACAUUGCUGCUUGUUUUGAACAGUUCCUUGUAAGGUGUCCUUGAAUGCUUUGAAAGACGCCCAUAGAUAAAGUGCAUUAUUACUUUUGUCUGUUUGUUUUCAAGGUUUCUUUGGAGCUGUUUCACCUACAGUUUUUUCAAAUUAUUUUUUUUUAGCUGUGAGCUGCUCCUACAUGUCUUCCUUGUGCAUUGCAUUUUGGGAAAAUUAUGCGUUAACGGCAAGGUGUUUACUGCGCAUAUUGUCUAUUUCAAGGAUAAAGACUUAUUUCUAUCCAACCCAGUCUCCAGAAUAAAGAUCAUUGUAAAUGUCUGAA